AUGUCUUCUUCAAUCGCAAGACCACUUACACCUUUCCCUCAUACACAUACAUUAACACAUGGUUCACAUUCAUCUUAUUUCCAUCAUAUACCAUUUGAAUCACAACCACAUGCGUAUAAAUCCCAACCUAUUCAUUUCCAACUGAAGACUGUACAUUCACCUGUACCACCCUCUUUGAUAAGGAGAUCAUCAUCGAACUCGAGAUACCAUCCAUCUCCUUCAUUAUCUUACGAAGGUCCAUUACGCACACCUAAAGCUAGAAGAGUAUCAUCUUCGUCUUCAUAUGCUACUUCAUCUUCUAGUUCUUCGAUGGAAAGCCCUUCUCUCCCUGUAACACCAGUCUUGGAAUCUAGUUCUGAGUAUUCAACCUUCUCAGAUCUUUUACCUACGACACCUUUGGAGUUACCUCCUCGAGCAAACAAAGCUUCCUCAUAUGAAACAUUCAACUAUGAUCCAUACUCAACAUCUUUGUCAACUGGCGAGGAAAUCGCAACUGGUUUCUCUCAUCAAAUACUUGAAAGACCAAAAUUCAUCAGGAGAGAUACCCCUAUACCAAAAACAUCCACUCUGAAAUCAUUAAAAAUGUCAACGAGACAAGAUGAAAAUGGAAGAAAAUUGUUGAAAAGUGUUAUCGAUGGGGGCAACUGGGUUAUUGUCGGUUGA